AUGAGGCCCUUGAUCCUGCACAAUGUGCCCGACGACGAACUGUACACGGGCGAGGAUGGAGUUCAAAGACCAUAUGCUAUGAUCUUUCCCGAGGCGGACCGCCAGCGAGAUUCGCCGCGACGUCGUGCUGUCGCCGAGUCUGGCUCCUUCGGCAAGUCGACGCGAAGAUCGCGCUCGAGAACGGGCACACCAGUACCGAAGCGAAACGAGGAUGCGACUAUGCAAUCAGCAGACAAGAUAUUUUCCGACUACAUUUCGAACCAGCAGAGCUUGCCCAUCACCACGGGCAAUGGCCAGCGAAAGCCGAGCUACCUUUCGCAAACCACCAACGCAGACGACGGAGCAUCCGCAUCGCAGGCACCGCGUUUCGUGCAAGAACCAACAGAGGUGAUACUGAGGGGCUAUCGAUCAGCAUCCCAACAAUACGCUGCUAUCAACCACUACGAACAACUGGCAGGGCGAAUAUGCGAAGACUACCCCCGCGAUCCGCCGAGCGGGCAGCGCCGCUACAAGUCAGAACUGCGAGACCCUGCUUUUACCAGACGCCAUCCACUCACGCCUCAAGAAAGAGCCAAGGUCAACCAAAUCGAUGGAGGAGAGCACUGGAUCAAGGUCACAUUUGAGUCGGCCGACGCAGCAGAUGCAGCCAUCUUCGCCUCGCCUCAAAAGAUUCUCGGCCACCUUGUCUACGCCGAGCCGUACCGUGGCAUGCCGCCCAAAGAAGAUGCAGCCGUGGCAGAAAUGCUUGGCGAAGUAGGCAUGAUGCAGGACGCACAGCCGAACCCUCGUGCGCAAUCCCAACGCCAUUCACGACAAAAACCUUCUACCUCAUCGUUCCAGCCGAAAGAAAAAGGAACCGUAAUCCCGAGCGACUGGUCCACACCUCUCAUCAGUGGUGGUUCCAAGGCAGACCUCGGAUUCAACGGGUCCCCUCCCGAAUCUCAAACCUCAACGCAGACCAUCGACUCUGCCACCAUGUCCUCAUCAACUGGCACAGCCUCAACAGCUACGGUGACGGGCUCGCAGAUUCUCCGUCCUAUUAUCGCACCCGAGGGUAGAGCAGAGUCUGAGCUGGACAGCACGUACUGUCGACGUAUCCCCCAAGCGAGGCGUGUCAAGCUCAAGCCAGCCGAACAGGCGCUCUUGCCGCAACCUGGAGUGGUGAGCCGCAUCAUCAGUCGCAUCCCACUGAUCAAGUGGUUCGGCGGCAGCAUGAUUGGCAACGAGGUACCGCGGACGGAGAAUGGCGAGUUCGACUUCACCAAGGCGAGUUUGUACUGGCAACUCAUGUUCUACCUGGAUUAUUGGUUCGGAUUAUUUGGCCAUGAGAUUGUGAGCGCGGAUAAGGAUGACUGA